GGGAUCAGAAGCUUCUGCUCUUUAGAACAGACUGGUCUUACCUGGGGCUUCCAUGCUGAGACAUGAGGCUCUACUCCAGGCCAGAGGCUCCCUGUGCUUUGGCCCUUCUGGCGUUUCUGACCGGCUGUGUUUCAGCAGUGGAGAGGAAAUACUAUAUUGCUGCUGUGAAUAUUGACUGGGAUUACAAUGCUAAUGGAAAUCAGAGGGGUGGUCCCAUAUAUAGAAAGACAGUGUACAGGGAGUACGAUCAACAUUUCAAACAGGCCAAGACUCAUCCUUCGUGGUCAGGGCUGCUGGGACCCACGCUGAGGGGUGAAGAAGAUGACGUCAUCACUGUCACUUUCAGAAACAUGGCCGAUCAUCCAUGUAGCAUCCAUCCGCAUGGCAUUGCUUAUGGAAAACAGUCAGAGGGCUCUUUAUACUUUGACAACACCUCCGACUUUGAAAAAGAGGACGAUGUCAUCAGUCCUGGCAAUGAGCACACGUACUCCUGGGAGGUGAGUCCUGAUGUGGUCCCGAAAGCUACAGACCCUCCCUGUCUCACCUACAUGUACAUCUCCCACCAAGACAUUGUCAGAGACUACAACACAGGCCUGAUUGGGAUGAUGCUGGUCUGUAAGAAAGGCAGCCUCAGUGACUCUGGAGAUCAGGUCCAUUUUCAACAGGAACUGGUGCUGCUCUUUGGGGUGUUCGACGAGAACAAAAGCUGGUACAGCAAAGGAGGCCCUCCAACUAAAGAGCAUGUGAAAUACACCAUCAAUGGCUUCACAAAUGGCUCUGUUCCAGAUCUAAGUAUCUGUGCCCAUUCCAAAGUUAGCUGGCACCUCCUGGGUAUGAGCUCAGAGCAGGAGCUUUUCUCUGUGCACUUUAAUGGGCACGUUCUUCAGCAAGGUGGGCACAAGGUGUCUUCAGUUGGCCUCAUCAGUGGCACUGCCACCAGUGCACAGAUGAUAGCAGUCCACGAUGGACAAUGGCUCUUGUCUUCGCACAUCAGCAAACACUUGGAAGCUGGAAUGCACGGCUUCUUUACCGUUAACACAUGUGAGAGGUUUCCUGCACCUAAACGUCAGCUCACUAUUCAGCAAUCACGAGAGAGCCAGGAGUGGACUUACUAUAUAGCAGCUGAGGAGAUGAUCUGGGAUUACGCUCCAAACAUGCCUGAAAAUGUGGACGGGGAUUUCCGGUCUACAUACCUAAAACAGAGCUCAGAACGAAUAGGUAAGAAAUAUAAGAAGGCAGUGUUCACCCAGUAUCAGGAUGAGACAUUUAAAGAAAGAGCAGAGAACAUGCAGAGGAAGAAGGAGGUGGGAAUUCUCGGCCCUGUGAUCAGAGCUCAGAUCCGAGACAUCAUAACGAUUGUGUUUAAAAACAAAGCGUCGCAUCCGUACAGCAUCUAUCCUCACGGACUGACUAUUGAUAAAGCAACAGAGGGAGCCAACUAUCCUGAUGGAGGGAACCAGAGCCAUGCUGUGCAGCCAGGGGAGACCUACACAUAUGUGUGGCGAGUUAUUGAGGACGAUGAGCCUUUAAAGAACGACUCGAGGUGUGUAACCAGGAUGUACCAUAGCGCAGUCAACACUCCGAGAGACAUCGCCUCUGGCCUCAUUGGGCCACUCCUCAUCUGCAAGAGUCAGUCUCUCAACACCAGGAAUGUCCAGCUUAGGUCAGACAAGGAGCAGCAUGCUAUGUUUGCAGUUUUUGACGAGAACAAGAGCUGGUACCUGGAUGAAAACAUCAACACCUACUGUGAUCCAAAAAAAAUCAAAAAGGAUGACCCAGAGUUCUAUAAAUCAAAUGUCAUGCACACAAUCAAUGGUUAUGUGUAUGAAAGUGGCCAAGUUCUGGGGUUCUGCAAUGGUGAGAUUGUGACCUGGCAUGUUUCGAGUGUCGGAGAACAAGAUGGCAUCCAGACAGCCACCUUUUAUGGCCACACAUUUGAGCUGAACAACAGAGAAGAAGAUAUCCUCAGUCUGUUUCCCAUGACAGGUGAAACCAUCUCCAUGAACAUGGCUAAUGAUGGAAUUUGGCUCCUGGCAUCACUGAACACACAUGAGACCACCAAAGGAGUAAGACUAAAGUUCAGGGAUGUUGAAUGCUUUAGAGAUUAUUAUACAGAUAAUGACAGUGCUGAGGAAGAUAUAGCUAAUACAGAAUCUAGCUUUUCUGUGUGGAAACCUAAAAGCGAGGCAGAAGUGAUGAAAGAAAAAAUGAAACCAACAGUCAUUAAAGAGGUGGCUGUUGAUGAAGAAACGGAUGCUUAUGCGGAUUAUCUUGGUCUGAGAACAUUUAGUAACACUGGAAAGGGAACAAAUGAUAUGGAAAAGGUGGAUCUCUCUUUCUUGGAUCAUGACGAGGGAGUACAGCUUGAAGACAAUAGUACCUUUAUUUACAGUGUACCUGCUCUUGAGUCACCUGUGAACGUCACAGAGAUCCAGGAGGUGGAAGAAUUUGUGCUGUUGGAUGAAGGAAACCAAGGGGAAAUUAAAAGUGAAGAGCAUCCAGUUGAGUACAGCAUCUCAGCUACAGUUCUUCCUAGCAACAUCACUCUGGAACUGCUGGAGAACAGCACUGAGAACGUAACGGACGAGGAGGACCAAAUGUUAAAUAACACUAGAGUCAGCUUCCGAUUGACAAAUGAGACAGUUCAAGACUCAAAUACCACCCAGUUAGAGACAGAAUUCACAAAUGAGGAUACUCAAGAUUAUAAUAGCACUCAAGAGGACUUAAGUGUUCCAAUGGAUGUGUCUCAAAAAUUGAAUACCACCCAGUUAGAGACAGAACACACAAACAAGGAUGCUCAAGAUUAUAAUAGCACUCAGGAGGAUGCAGAAUUUAACCAGGAUAUAUUUCAAGAACUAAAUACCACCCAAUUAGAGAUGGAUUUCACAAUUGAGGAUGCUCAAGAAAAUAACAGCACUCAAAAUGACUCAAAUAUUCAACUGGAUACGUUUCAAGAAUUGAAUAUCACCCAGAUAGAUUCAGAAUUUUCAAACAAGGACCCUCAAGGAUACAACAGCACUCAAGAGGUCUCUAAAUUUCCAAUAGAUAUGUCUCAAGAAUUGAAUGCCACCCAGUUAGAGUCAGAAUUCACUACUGAGGGUGCUCCAGGGCACAAUAGCACUCAAGAGGACUCCGAAUUUCAACUGGAAAUGUUUCAAGAAUUGAAUACCACCCAGGAAGAGUCAGAGUUUGCAAAUGAGGUACCUCAAGGAUACAACAGCACUCAAGAGGACUUUCAGGAAUUGAAUACAACCCAGCUGGAAUCAAAAUUGAAAAAUGAUGAUGCUCUAGAUAUCAACAGCACCCUUGAAUACUCAAAAGACUCAGAACUAAGUGAGGAUAUGAAAAGUACAAACACAUCUCAGAACAUGACAUCAUCUGACUUCGAGUCCCUCCCUGAACAUAACAAGACAACACUUCAAGUCAGGAAGCUCUGGAACUCAUUAGAAAAAUCCAGCUCACAAAGUCAGGAAAUUACUUCCCUUUCUAAUGACACUUCCACUGUUUCAUCUUCAGAAAGCUUUGAGAGCUUUUCAAAUGGCACGUGGGUCAAUGGUUCAAAUGGCACGUGGGUCAAUGGCUCAAAUGCUACAGGUACAGAAGUCAACGUUUUGCCCACUGAAGUUUUAGUGCCAAACAGCAGUUCAGAAGAGGACAUUUCAGAUAUUCAAGAGGACCAAGACGAAGUGGUCAUCUAUCUGAAGAACGGCAACAACACCGAGGCUAUCCUCACCAACCCUCUGGAUCUACAAGGAGAAAACUGGAGCUAUGAGGGCAAACAUAAGCUGGUGCCAAUGGAGAUAUCAAACGACAUCAUAAAAUACAUCACAGACGAACCAGCAGGCUCUAAAACAACAAGUGACGCAAAGGAAGAGAAGAAGAUAGUUCUUAAAAGGGUGACACCACUGAAAGGGUUUGGCAUGAAGACCAAAAAGAGGGUAGAUUAUAAACCGCAGCCUCGCAGUGCCAUGUCUCCACGAGGCUUCUCUCCACGGGGAUUUGCUCCAGGAGAGUUAACGCCAAGAGGAACCAGACCUGUGUCUAGUGAGGAGAAUCUGCUCGGGAAGUCCAUAAUCAUAGGCGUGCCCAGGACAGACUUCAAUGAUUAUGAAAUAUAUGUUCCAAAACAAGGACAGGAAUAUGAUUUUGACAACAUCCCAGACCAUACAGAGGAGUAUGAAUAUGUUGAGUACAAAGACCCAUAUAAAAAACAAAGGGAGGUACAGAAUUUUGCGCUGGAUAGCAUUUCUAAAUACACUUUGCAAAUGGAUGGCAAGGGCAAGACCAGGACCUAUUUCAUCACUGCUGAAGAAGUGGAGUGGGACUAUGCUGGCUAUGGGCAAAGGAGAGAAGAUAAAUCCGCACAAAAUGGAAGACCCACACAAUUCAAGAAAGUGGUGUUCAGGGAGUAUUUGGACAGCUCUUUUACCACCCCGUACAUUCGAGGAGAAGUUGAUGAACAUCUGGGCAUCUUGGGUCCAGUCAUCAAGGCAGAAGUUGAUGAAACCAUCAUUAUAGUGUUCAAGAAUCUUGCCAGCAAUCCACACUCCCUGCAUGCUAAUGGAGUGUCAUAUGGAAAAAAUAUGGAGGGACUGAAAUAUGAAGAUAAUUCCCCCUACUGGUACCGGCAGGAUGAUGCAGUACAGCCCAAUGAAACCUUUCCCUACAUCUGGACGGUAAACGCCAAAGUCGGACCACUACAGAGUGAAUCCGACUGUCGUAUAUGGGCCUACUACUCUGGAGUGAACCCUGAGCGAGAUAUACACUCUGGCCUGAUUGGACCUCUUAUGGUCUGUAGGAAGGGGACACUGAAUGAAAAUUCCAUGGAUACAAGAGACUUCAUGUUACUCUUCAUGACAUUUGAUGAAAGCAAAAGCUGGUACUACGAGGACAACCUGAAAAACCUUCAGAAGACAGAGAAGAAAGCUGCCAGAGAUUCAGAAAUUAGCAAUAAUCUCAAAUUUCCUGCUAUUAAUGGAAUUAUUUACAGUCUGAAAGGACUCCGCAUGUACACUAAACAGCUGGUAAAGUGGCAUCUUAUUAAUAUGGGCUCUCCCAAAGAUUUCAGCAGUAUUCACUUUCAUGGGCAAACUUUUGUGAGCAAACAUACACGUGACCAACGUCAGGGAGUCUAUCCACUUUUACCAGGAAGCUUUGCAACGCUGGAGAUGUGGCCUUCUAAACCAGGCCUGUGGCUGCUGGAGUCUGAAAUUGGAAACUCUCAGCAGAGGGGAAUGCAGACUCUGUUUUUAGUGUUGGACAAUGUGUGUGGGCAUCCUCUGGGUCUUAUUUCUGGGACUGUGAAAGACAGCCAAAUAACAGCAUCUGACAGCAGAAGUUACUGGCUGCCAAGUUUGGCCAGACUGCACAAUACAGGAAAGUACAAUGCAUGGAGCACAACAAAGUCAGGAGAAUGGAUUCAGGUGGACUUCCAACGGCCAGUAGUGAUCAGUAAAGUGGCUACGCAAGGAGCCAAGCAAUUCUUAACCUCUCACUAUGUGCUGAACUACACCAUAUCCUACAGCACAGACCGCAAGAGGUGGAUUUUCUAUAAGGCAGACAGUAAAGCUGCCAGAAAGACUUUCGAAGGUAACAGAGAAGCCCAUGAAGUGAAGGAGAACAUCUUCUUCCCACCAAUAAUUGGCCGUUUUAUAAGACUUCACCCUUCCCAUUCAUACAAUUUUCCAACUGUUCGCAUGGAAUUCUAUGGUUGUGAGUUAGACGGGUGUUCUGUGCCGCUGGGAAUGCAGCGCAACGUUAUCCAAGACCAUCAGAUCACCGCCAGUUCUGUUUCCACCAGCUGGUAUUCAGGUCCAUGGCACCCUUGGUUUGCUCGUCUAGAUAAACAAGGGUCUGUCAAUGCUUGGCAAGCCAAGAGCAAUGACAUGCAGCCAUGGCUCCAGAUUGAACUGAAGGCGGUCAAGAAGAUCACAGGAAUUGUGACCCAGGGAGCGAAGUCUCUACGCACAGAGAUGUUUGUGACGGCGUAUGUGCUGGAGUACAGUGAGGAUGGCAAUAGAUGGAUCAAGUAUACGGAUGAUGAGGACUAUGAGCAGAAGAUAUUCACAGGAAACACAGAUAACAAUGGACACGUAAAAAAUUAUAUCUACCCUCCAAUAUUCUCCAGAUUUAUCAGGAUUAUUCCUAAAAGAUGGCAGAACUCCAUCACUAUGAGGAUAGAGCUGCUAGGAUGUGAUUUUGAAUGAUAGACAUUGUAAUUUAAUUGUAAUUUUUAGAGAUGUUCUUUACUUGUAUUAUUGUUGCCUCAGAUGAUUCUGUAUUAAAGAUUGUAAUUUAAUGUAA